UAACUGUUUGAAAACAAAGCACCAGCCAGAAAAAGAUGGCUGAUGCUUCUUCUGCUGUACUACUACUACUGCUAAUAAUAAUAAUAAUAAUAAAAAUAAUACUAAUCAUCACCACCAUCGUCACAAACAAAAUCAAUAUUCAUAUAUGGAGAACGGGUCAACUCAUCCGAGUUUUCUUCCUACGCGCUCUUUCUUAUUCCCCCUUUCCAGAUUUCAGACACCAUUUUCUUCUUGUUGAGCAUGUUUCCCUCGUGCAGGCUAAGUGUUUGAUAAAAUGACGAUUCUUGGGAAGCCCCGGUUAACUUUUGCAAAGGCUAGAAUGAGUUUGUUUAUGUGUUUCUGCUGGUAUUUGUUGCUUGUUGGAGCUGAUAGCGAUCGAACAGAUCCGAAAGAAGUGGUUGCAUUGCGGUUAAUCAAGAAAAGUUUGACCGACCCAUACAAAAAUCUUGCCAGUUGGAACAGGGGCGAUCCGUGUAAUUCAACCUGGAGGGGUGUUAUCUGCUAUAAUCGAACACUUGAUGAUGGUUAUCUUCAUGUUAGUGAAUUGUUGUUACUAGGUAGGAAUCUAACUGGAAGUUUAUCUCCAGAACUCGGUCGAUUAUCACAUUUGUUGAUAUUGGAUUUUAUGUGGAACAACAUCACCGGUUCUAUACCAAAGGAGAUAGGCAAUAUUAAAACGCUUGAACUCUUGCUUCUAAACGGAAAUCAACUAACGGGGUCCUUGCCAGACGAGCUUGGUAAUCUUUCGAAUUUGGACAGGAUACAAAUUGACCAGAACCAAAUAUCGGGACCCGUUCCAGCAUCUUUCGCUAACAUGACCAAAGCAAAACACUUUCACAUGAAUAAUAAUUCACUGAGUGGAAAAAUACCGUCUGAGCUGUCUCGACUUCCAGAUCUUGUUCAUUUGUUGCUUGAUAAUAAUAACUUAACGGGAGAACUUCCACCAGAACUGUCUGAAAUGCCGAAUUUACUUAUACUUCAACUCGAUAACAACAACUUUGGUGGGAGUACUAUACCUUCUUCAUACGGCAACAUGUCUGCACUGUUGAAGCUGAGUCUGAGGAACUGCAGUUUACGAGGACCAAUACCUGAUUGGAGCAAUGCUCCGAACAUUGCUUACAUAGAUUUGAGCCUGAACCAGCUCGAUGGAAUCAUACCAGCAGGCUCACUCUCGAAAAACAUCACAACCAUUGAUCUGUCGAGCAACAAUCUGAACGGAACUAUUCCUCCUAGCUUUUCCAGGCUUCCUCUUUUACAGAAAUUAUCAGUUGCAAACAAUUCAUUAGGCGGUUCUAUUCCGUCGAGCAUUUGGGAAAAUCGGACUUUAAACGCAACCGAGAGACUCAUUCUGGAUUUCGGAUUCAAUAAUUUCUCAAAUAUUUCCGGCAUUCUUCUUCCCCGUCCAAACAUCACCAUCGGGCUUGAAGGAAAUCCCGUGUGCUCAAAUAUGAACCUGAAAAACUUUUGUGGGCCCCACGAAGAAGGUUUCAGCACCACCUUCAACGUCAAAAAUAUCAGCGAAUGCCCACCUCAAGGAUGCUUGAUCACCGAUUACGAAUAUGCCCCUGGAUCCCAGUGCUUUUGUACCGUUCCGCUUUUAAUUGGGUACCGUUUAAAGAGUCCCGUAUUCUCGGAUUUUCUUCCGUAUGUAGAUGCUUUCAAGCAGUACAUGAGCUCCGGCCUCGAAAUGAACGCCUCUCAGCUCGAUAUAGAUUUGCUGACGUGGCAGAAGGGGCCCCGUCUUAAAAUGUACCUCAAGAUUUUUCCGGCUUAUGUUAAUGGGAGUAGCCAUUUAUUUAAUAGGAGCGAGAUUGAUUGGGUUCGUGAAAUGUUUAGUGGAUGGAGGAUUCCGGAGAGUCACGUUUUCGGGCCUUACGAGUUUCUUAGUUUCACACUCCUGGGACCGUACGCUGAACCUCCCUAUCGUCAGCCAUCUGGUUUAAGAAAGGGAGCACUAGCUGGUGUUAUACUAGGGACAAUAGCUGGAUCGGUUACUUUAACUGCAUUUAUUUCAAUUAUUAUAAUGAGACGCCACAUGCGCAAACACCACACCUAUUCGAAGAGACGGCCAUCGUCGAAAAUAUCGAUGAAAAUCGACGGUGUGAAGGACUUCACUUUCCGUGAAAUGGCGCAUGCGACUAAUGAUUUCGACAGCUCAACCGAAGUAGGGCAAGGGGGUUAUGGUAUAGUUCAUAGAGGUGUUCUUGCAGAUGGAACAGUUGUUGCUAUCAAACGAGCUUUAGAGGGAUCUUUGCAAGGUGAAAAGGAGUUCCUUACUGAAAUUGAACUAUUAUCGAGGCUGCAUCAUAGGAAUUUGGUCUCGUUGAUUGGCUAUUGUGACGAAAAAGGGGAACAGAUGUUGGUUUAUGAAUUCAUGCCGAACGGUACCUUGAGGGAUCACCUAUCUGGAAAGUCGAAAAUACCCCUGACUUUUGCAAGAAGGAUAAAAAUAGCGUUGGGUUCAGCCAAAGGCAUACUUUACCUUCACACGGAAGCCAAUCCACCGAUAUUUCAUAGGGACAUAAAAGCAACAAAUAUAUUGCUUGACUCGAGAUUUACUGCAAAAGUUGCCGAUUUUGGACUAUCAAGGCUAGCACCUGUUCCUGAGCUUGGUGGUGAAAUCCCUUCUCAUAUAUCUACAGUUGUCAAAGGAACACCGGGAUACCUUGACCCCGAGUAUUUCCUAACUCAUAAGCUGACCGACAAAAGCGACGUUUAUAGCCUCGGAGUUGUAUUUCUCGAGAUGCUGACCGGAAUGCACCCAAUUUCGCACGGCAAAAACAUCGUUCGUGAGGCAAACAUUGCGUAUCGAUCGGGUAUGAUAUUCUCGAUAAUUGACGAGCGAAUGGGGUCUUAUCCGUCAGACUGUGUGGAGAAGUUCAUAAAUCUGGCUCUAAAAUGCUGCCAAGAGGAAACUGAUUCGAGGCCUUCAAUGUCAGAAGUGGUAAGGGAACUGGAAAACAUAUGGCUUAUGAUGCCGGAAUCGGACACUAAUCUGUCGGAAUCUUUGGUCACUGAUCCUGGCAAAGUCGUCACUACUCCGCCAUCUUCGUCUUCCUCAAGAAACGCUUAUGUGUCACAAGAUGUUUCCGGAAGUGAUCUUGUUAGUGGAGUCAUUCCCACUGUUAAUCCGAGGUGAAUCAUCAUAUGGUUUUCUCGGGUUUUUUUUUUUUUUUUUUUCCGGCCAUCAAUGAGAUUUUGGCAUAUAGAUAUUAUUAUGUACAGUCAUUGCUCAUUUACUUGAAUUGCUUUUUGUAAUAUAUAACUUAUGUAGUUUAGUUGGACAGUUUAGUUUCCAAUAGAGCAUUUAGCAUUACCUUGUAAUUUUCAAAUGUAGCUCUUCUUGUUGAGUUAUCUCUCUUACCUUAUUCUUGA